CCGCCCUAGCCAGAUCUUUUUUCUUAUAAAGAGAAUCGUGUUAACUGAGCAAGAGGAUCAUGAUGGCCUUUUUGAAACUUAUGCUUACGUUUUCUCUGGUGUGUUUAAUGUUUGUCCAAAUAAAGAGCGAUGGAGUCCCUCACAACGCUCUUCAAUCUGCCUGCAAUGUGACGUUGGAUCCCAAAUUCUGCGUCUCCACCAUGACGACACUUGCGGGGUCAUGGCAGGGAGGCUCCAAAGAUCUUGGAAAAAUUGCACUCAAGCUGACCAUUAUCGAAGCCCGAAAAGUUUCCCAUUUUCUUUCUCGACUGAGUCGGAUGGCAGUCACCCCACGGCAAAAGGGCGCUCUUCAAGACUGUGUGCAGCUGUUUGAUCUGACUUUAAGUGAUUUGGAGAAAUCUCUGUUGAAUGUCAGCAGCUCUAACAGUAACUUUUUGGCGUGGAGGCAGGCAUUUGAUGUUGAGACUUGGCUGAGUGCAGCUCUGACCAACCAGGCCACCUGUUUGGAUGGCUUUCAGGAGGCCAGUGGAGGUCGACAAAUAACUUUCAGUAGCAAUUUGCGUAAUGUAUCGCGGCUUCUCAGUAAUUCUCUUGCCCUGGUGAAGAAUAUUUCUGUUGUGGGAAAACACCACAACAGGCGUUUGUUGUCAGAAGGUGGUCUUGCAAAUCAUAAAGAAUUCCCGUCUUGGUUGUCUACUGGGGAUAGAAGAAGACUUCUACAAGACGAUAAUACCGUUUUAGCUGACAGUGUGGUGACUGUGGUGCAGGAUGGCACUGGUAAUUAUACAACAAUUAAUGAUGCCAUCAAUGCUGCUCCAAAUAAUAGCUUGGACAGAUAUGUGAUCUAUGUCACAGAGGGGGUGUAUGAGGAGUAUAUAGAAAUCCCGAGUUACAAGACAAAUAUUAUGUUGCUUGGAGAUGGGAUUAAUGACACUGUGAUUACCGGCAACAGAAGCGUGGUCGAUGGAUGGACUACGUUCCGCUCUGCAACCGUUGCCGUUGUGGGCGCAGGAUUCCUUGCCCGGGAUAUAACGUUCGAAAACACGGCAGGCCCAGAGAAACAUCAGGCAGUUGCUCUCAGAGUCGGCUCCGAUCUUUCAGCUUUCUACCGUUGCAGCUUCCUAGGUUACCAAGAUACUCUUUACGUCCAUUCCUUCCGUCAAUUUUACAGGGAAUGUGACAUUUACGGCACUGUAGAUUUCAUCUUCGGAAACGCCGCAGUGGUUUUUCAGAGCUGCAAUCUUCUGGCCCGAAGACCAAUGGCGAAUCAACAGAACAUAUUUACAGCUCAAGGAAGAAGCGACCCAAAUCAGAAUACAGGCAUUUCCAUUCAAAACUGUAAUGUUACUGCUGCAGCUGAUCUGGUUGAAGUAAAGAGCUCGUUCCCAACUUAUCUGGGGAGGCCAUGGAGAGAAUACUCUCGCACGGUUUAUAUAAAGUCAUCCAUAGAUGACGUGGUUCAGCCCCGGGGUUGGCUUGAAUGGUCGGAAAACCAGUCUUUGAGUACGCUCUAUUAUGGUGAAUAUAUGAACUGGGGAGCAGGGGCAGGAACUGCGGCUCGCGUUCAAUGGCCGGGUUAUCAUGUCAUGAACAUUUCUGAUGCUCUAAAUUUUACUGUGACGAAUUUUAUUUCUGGGGAUACAUGGUUAGAUUCUGUGCCCUUCACUGCAGGCUUGCCUUGAAUUAAGUAUUGUCCCUCUGCGAAUAAUAUUGACCUCCCUGCGCCAUACGAUGUAAAGCUUCUUUCAAGAAAAAGAUGACUCAAAAGUACCAAAAAUGGAGGCUGCAAUUCGAUAGCCACCGCUGCCUGUUAAAUUGAUUUUUUUAGCCCCUAGAUGUUCGGUCUUCCAAUUGCGUUUCAUUUAAUGGUGUUAACAAGUUCAUGGGUUCCCAAUGUUCUUAAUUUACACGGUAAUUUUUAAUAGA